UACAUUAAAGUGUCUACAGCAAACCGGCAGCGUGUACGAGACAUGAGUGAACGUGAUGCAGCAGCACGGUGGGUAUCAGUGAACGCUACAAAAGGUAAGUUUGUAUUUUGAGGCUAACGGAGCAUAAAUAUGACUUAGAAAGACCCUUUAUGCGUGUGGAGGGUCUCUUCAAAGAUACUUGAUGUAACUUCUAUGUCUGGCCAGCAGCCAGCAGCGCUGUAUAACCUGAAAGCCGCGGGGUUUAGACCGAACGCUGCUCCGCGGUGCCGCCUGCUCGGGGCGGUUCCCGCCGGUGUCAGCUCCGCCCCGGCCGCGCUCGGCGGCGGAUGGACCGCGGAUGGGCCCGCGAUGGGGCCGGGAUCGCGCUGGGCGCUGCUGAUGGGGCCGGGACCGUGCUGGGCGCUGCUGAUGGGGCCGGGCCCGUGCUGGGCGCUGCUGGCCCCGCUGCUGGCCCCGCUCCUGCGCUGCGCUGCCGGCCGGGAAUAUUCAUUGCCUUAUACACCGCAGUUUGCACAAUGCAAAGAUCCCAGCACUGAAUUCUAUGAUGAAGAACUUAAUAAAUGUUGCAGCCAGUGCCCUCCAGGUCAAUAUAAGACAGAGAGCUGCAGUCACAGUGCGGACACAAAGUGCCGUCCCUGUAGAACUAACACAUACACAGCAAUCUGGAAUCUGUCUCCUCUGUGCUUUGCCUGCUCACCACCCUGCAGGAAAGGAUUGGUGCAGAAUCAAACAUGCACUAAGUCGCAGGACAGAACCUGUAGCUGCCCGCCCAAUGAGUACUGCAUUUUGAAAAUAUAUGACUCCUGCAAAAUAUGUGAAGUGCAUAAAAAAUGUGGAAAAGGUUAUCGAGUUUCCAGAAAAGGGACAGAUAGCACAGAUACAGAAUGUAAACCUUGUCCUCCUGGCACCUUUUCACAUGAGGAAUCUUACGAUACCAGCUGUGUACCACAUACAGUUUGUAAAUCAGUGGCUGUUCCUGGAAAUAACAUAAAUGACACUGUUUGCAGCGACUUGGGAACAAGACUUGCCACAGUUGUACCUCACACUAUUUUGAACCUGCUCCUGACCCAAAGCUCGUCUUCCAACAAACCUGAAAUAAUAACUCGACCUGUCAUUUUAAACUCUGUACCUGACGCGUCUCACAUCAUUGGAUCAGUAGCAGGACCAUUGUUAUUGAUCCUGAUAAUUGCUAUUCUGGGGGUUUGCUUAGUCUCCGAAAAAAAAGCCCUUGUAUAUUCUCCAGCAACUACAGAAGCAGAUUUGCCUAUUUCCCCUGCAGAAAAGCUGUGUGACAAAAAAGUAAGAAAUACAGAAUCACAAAACUCCAGCAGUUCUGAACAGGAGGAACAGCGUCUCUUAGAAACUUCUGGGUCCAGCAGUAGCUCCCUGAAUAAUCCAGCUGGGUCUGCAAGUGUCAGUGUGAUAAGUAACAAUAACGAAAAGCCAGAAACAGAAGGAUUUCAGCAGCAACCUUCAGCUGCAGAAGGGUGUCAGCUUCACGGUGGAGACAGACACAACUCCGCGAGCUCAGAACUUUCUGGUAACGGAGGAACGCACGUGAAUGUGACUUGUAUUGUGAAGGUGUGUAGUCCAGACUGCAGUUCCCAGUUCCCAGAAGAGAAUAGUUCAACGAGCAUGGAUCAUGGAAAUGCUCCCUAUUAUUCCCCAACAGGGGAAGAAAUUCCCCUUUCAAAAGAAGAAAACCCCUUGAAAAAACAAACUGAAAUUCAGAUCUCAGUGGAAAAUGAGGACAAUUUACUCCAAGACUUGCUUCCAGAAGAAAAGAACUUUCCUCUGGGUAUUCAAGAUGCGGGGAUGAAAAACAGUUAAAGGAAAUUACAGAUUAUAUACUGAUUGACUGAUGAUAUUAAUCAAACAACCCCUUAUCUUCUAAAAGAAACUUUAUGAUAAAUGUAGCAUUCCUACAGAGACUUGACAUUUCAGAUGAAUAUAGACACUGAUGCUUUUGAGGUUUUUAAUCUCUUUUGCCAGCUUUGAGAGUCCAACGAUGAUCUUUGCAGUUUAAAAAAAUUUGAAUGCUUUUUCUUUUCAACUGAAUGGCCAACGCCUCCCUUUCUUCUCUGACACCUUAGAGGGACCUUUACCAGAUCUGAAAAGGAACAUUUUUUCUAACUUUAUGCCAUUGAUUUUUCUGCUGAGUCUUCUUGUGAUGGUGAUUUGGGUUCGGGUUUGCCCCCUGUCAAGAACAUGGCUGUGACCAGCACUUCUAAGAGACUGGAGUUGAAUUAUCAUUCAUUCAAUGCUAAUGAAUUAUCCAUUUGAUUUUAAUUUUGAAAGUAUUGCAUUCCAUUUCCUAUCACAUGUCUUCGUGGGCUCACCUUCCCUCAUCCUCCUGGUUAUUUCUUUUAUUCUUACAGUUUGCUUUUGCUCAUGAUGAGAACCAGCUUCUCAAAUCAACCUUAAGCGUAUCAAGGAGUGAAAUCUUUUACAAGAACCUUUUUUACUAGAUUACAACUAUUAUGUCUAAACAAUAGCAUUUCAUUAGCUGUACAUAGUGCUUUUUAUUUUAGGAAAGGAAAUCUAGAUUAAAUAGUUAUGAUCUUGGAGUAGGAAGUAAGUUCCUUUUAUUGGCAGCUCUAAAGUUUGUCAUCUUUGUGUCCGGGCUGAUUUCAUGUGGUUCCCUGAUUGAUUUUGACUUCAUUUUUGAGGUUAAACAUAAACCCCAAAUAUUUUUCCCUAUGUUCCAGUGCAUAUUAGAGAAGAUCCACGUGACUAUGCGCACCGCAUACCUCAUGCCCACUGACCUCAGGAAAAGGGCUAUCUCUUGAUGAUUAUGUAGCAUAAUCUGUCAAAAACUGAAUGGACUCAAACCUCAGAACCAGAAAAUCCUGUUCUCCUUCACUUCUUGCUUGACAUUGAAGAUCCAACCACCUCUUACAGAAAAUUAGUAAAGGUUCUCCUUCAAUCAAGUGGGAGUCUUUCGGUUUUGGAAGUCAAUUCUUAGGGUCCCAUUUCCCGUAAUUACAUUUUGUGCAUAUGGCUUAAUGAACAAUCGUGGCAUCUAUACUCAACCAGAAUUUGCAAUACGGUGUUUGAAUUACAUUGGAAUGAAGUCAUACGGUAGGCACAACUCUUUUAUGCCAUAAGAACAUACGGUUGGACUAGAUGAUUACUGUACUUCCCUUCUACCUCAAGAGAAACUAAAUGCAGUAGUUAUUUCUGAGGCCUUAGACUGAAAAAGGACAUUUUGCAAUAGCAUUUGUUCAAGAACAACACAGAAGAGGCACAGAUACUAAAAUUACAAAUUUUAAACUUCCACAAAAGCUACGGGGUUUACUGACAAUGUUUCUGGAACUGAGAACUGGCAAAUAGGUCUUUAAUUCUGUUAUGAAGAAACCUUUUGUAACUGUAUAUUAAACUUCUAGGUGAAGGUAAUUUUCAGAAAAUACUUUGAAAAUGGGCACAGUGAAACCGUGACAAAACUGGAAGAUUUAGGCAAGAAAAUGACCUAAUUUUAUGCAGCACUUUGAACCUCCUGCACUGUGCUACUUUCACGUCUUGUUCGUCAGCUCCCAGUGCUGCGACCGCCCUGAAGCAGCAGUGGAAGAUUUCUGAAGUUUUAAUAACGUUUAAAAGGAGGAUCCCGUUAUGGCCGUUAAUUUACUGGGUUUUCAAAUCAUGGAGCUAUGUGACAGCAGGAAAACUCAAGUUUUGUGUUGAAGUAGGAAAAAUACGCUUGCAUUUGCUUAUAAAAAGUAAAAAAAAAGCGCCUAUAUUUUUAUAAUUGUGUGUAUCUUCAAGUUUCCUAACCUCUCAAUUAAAUAAGAUUAUAAUUUUUA